CGCGCGCACGCCUCGGGAUACGGAGUGUUUUACAGUUGCACAACGUGUUCGUGUCGAAGAUUGUGCCAAAUCGCUCCUGGGGUUCAUUUGGCUUGUGCGCAAACCGUGUCGGUGUAGUGCGCUAACGGCAAGAUAGAUGAAGACGAAAAACAACAAUGUGUACGUAGUCCCACUGGAAUAAACUUUUAUGCAAGGUGUGGAAUGUCAAGAUGGAACAGAACGGCUUUCAAGAUCAGAAUAAAAAUUACACAGCACCUGUACAGAACGACCAGAGGAACAUGUUGGGAUAUGGAUACUGCUCCAUGCUUUCCAACUUUCGUGUCGAGAAGAAGAUCGGCCGUGGUCAGUUCAGCGAGGUUUAUAAAGCCACGUGUCUACUAGACAACCAGCAGGUGGCCCUAAAGAAAGUACAGAUCUUUGAGAUGAUGGAUGCUAAAGCUCGUCAAGACUGCAUUAAAGAGAUUGACUUGCUAAAGCACUUAAACCAUCCAAACGUAAUAAAAUAUCUGGAUUCGUUUAUUGAAGACAACAAGUUGAAUAUCGUCCUGGAGUUGGCCGACGCCGGGGAUCUCUCUCAGAUGAUAAAGUAUUUUCAGAAGAAGCGAAGAUUGAUUCCAGAAAGAACAAUAUGGAAGUAUUUUGUGCAACUUUGUAGUGCACUGGAACACAUGCACUCACGCAGAGUCAUGCACAGAGAUAUAAAACCAGCCAACGUCUUCAUCACAGCUACUGGAGAGGUUAAACUGGGUGACCUGGGACUGGGUCGAUUCUUCAGCUCCAAAACCACAGCCGCACACUCGCUCGUUGGAACUCCAUAUUACAUGUCUCCGGAAAGGAUUCAUGAAAAUGGCUAUAACUUUAAAUCAGACAUCUGGUCUCUGGGGUGCCUGUUGUAUGAGAUGGCAGCUUUACACAGCCCGUUUUACAGCGAUAAGAUGAACCUGGUCGCAUUGUGUCAGAAGAUCGAGCAGUGCGAUUACCCACCACUCCCGUCCGAACACUACUCGCAGAAGUUCAGAGAUCUGGUCAGUAUGUGCAUCAGUCCAGACCCCGACCAGCGACCCGACAUCGUCUUUGUCCUUCAAUACGCCAAACAGAUGCACCUGUGGACGGCCAGCACCUGAAACAAACGCACAUAUUUGCAGCAAGGAGAACCAUUGUGCAAACCUGUGACGUCUGCCGUCUCUCCAUCCAACUGAUCAAGCUAUGAUAGAUAUGAGAUAAAGGAAGAUGAGCGAAGAGAGAAUGUGGGCUGAAAGACGGUAUACUGUGUUUAAAGCUGAACAUUUCUGUAGAUUUGUAUUGGGCCGAAUGCAGAUUGUUGAUGAAUGGUGUAUCACAAUGCUAUAUGGUCAGUGGUUUAGAGAAAGUGGAAGGCCGUUACAUUGGUCAGGUCAGACGACCUCAGACCUCAUGUUGAUGUCACAAGGUUCUAUUUAUACACACUUCCUGUUAGGCUAAUAUAUCCAUAACAACAUAUAACUUUGCGUUACAGCCGAGUUACUUAUUUCUCUUUGUUGCUAACACAUACACGCACACACAGUUGUUUUUACAGGCAAUAUGUUGGACCGUCUUGAGUUCGACAUUUUUGUUCGCUGGUCAGAUAUCUAAAAGUGUUCAUAAGUACUCAAUGUUGAAGUUUUUAACAUUCAAUUUUCCCCAACAAGAUGUUAUAUUUUAAGUGAUUAAACAUUCAGUUUUCAUGUCCUCAUGUAAAUGUUGUGUAAUUAACAAUAAACUAUUAACAAUUUUGCAA